GGCGGUUUCUACACACAUUUAAUGCCAUACCGUUGCCUAGUCGACUCAGCGCUUCAUAUCAACUGUUUGUAUGUAGAUUUUUUUGGAACGUCGCAUAAAUCCUGCAUUUUGGUCGUCUUAUUUUCUGAAUAUCGCAUGAUCUAGACUCGGAAGGCAGCUUAUCUAAAAAUGUCGUGCUUUGUGCUACAUCUUUCAAAAUGGUGUCCGAGGUCGGCAGGUGCAUUCACCAGCUCUUUCUUCGAUGCUUUCUACUGCAAGAGCGAGUAUACGUCGCCCCUUCACCAUGAGUACCGUCGACGGAUUCGUGGGGGCCAUUGGUAAUACCCCAUUGAUCUACUUGAAAACACUCUCUGAGCGAACUGGCUCCAGUAUCUUUGGCAAAGCCGAGUUCCAGAAUCCCGGUGGUAGCGUCAAGGAUCGUGCCGCACUAGGUGUAGUCCAAGAUGCUGAGCGGCGGGGUCUGUUGAAGCCGGGCGGUACUGUUGUCGAAGGUACAGCAGGUAAUACCGGUAUUGGACUGGCCCAUGUCUGUCGGGCGAGAGGCUACAGAUGCGUGAUUUUCAUGCCGAACACACAGAGUCAGGAAAAGAUUGACCUGUUACGAAUGCUUGGAGCCGAGGUGUAUCCUGUGCCUGCAGUAGCAUACGACGAUCCCAAGAACUAUAACCACCAAGCCCGCGAUUUUGCCAAAGAUACUCCGAAUGCUCUCUGGACAGACCAGUUCGAUAAUACUGCCAAUGCCAACGCACAUUACGUCUCUACUGGCCCCGAGAUCUGGGAGCAGACUGGUGGUGACCUGGACGGAUUCAUUUGCUCGACGGGUACAGGCGGCACGUUAGCCGGCGUGGGCAAGUAUCUCAAGGAAAAAAGUGGGGGAAAAACUCAAAUCUGGCUGGCUGAUCCUCCGGGGAGCGUCCUGACCAGCUAUGUCAGCAGUGGAGGAAAGCUUACAGAAAGAACUGGAAGCUCCAUCACUGAAGGCAUCGGUCAAGGAAGGAUUACUAACAACCUGGGGACCCUUGUGAAUGAGCUAUCAGGCGCCUUCACUGUACUAGAUACGAAGAGCAUCGCCAUGCUUUACGAUCUCUUGGAUACUGAGGGUCUGUAUCUUGGUGCCAGUUCUGCUUUGAACGUGGUUGCUGCCGUAGAGCUUGCAGAAAAGCUCGGCAAAGGUAUUGAUCGUCCUUUGUGCUCGAACGCAUCUAAUUUUUUUUUGCCAGGUUCAAAAGUCGUCACUAUUCUCUGUGACGGAGCCUAUAGAUAUCAAAGUCGUCUUUUUUCAAAACAGUGGCUGGAAACGAAGGGAUUGUCGGACUCGAUACCUGAACAUUUGAAGAAGUAUGCAGUACUAGACUAGAUGUAUCGUGUGAAAAUCGAUUACCUAAUCAUAAUGGCAGCGUGCCUCGUUUCUUCGGCGCUAGCG